CAAGCUUCUGAAGUCAGGUGAUACUGGUCCUCACUUCAUGGCGUCUCCACAGUGUGUGGGAUACGACUGUCGAACUGCCCUGCCGCUGACCAUGACCAUGUGUUUACCAGAUCUGUCUGAGAUCUGUCGUGCUGUGAAGCUCUGGGUGAAGAACAUCAACGCUCAGUCAGUUUACAUAGCCACCGACUCUGAAUUGCACACCGCAGAGAUUCAGAAACUCUUCAAGGGCAAGGUGAAGGUCGUGAGCUUGCAACCGGACACUGCUCAAAUUGACCUGUAUAUCCUCGGCCAGGCCGACCACUUCAUCGGCAACUGCGUUUCGUCCUUCUCAGCCUUUGUUUAAAAGGGAGAGAGAUGUUCACGGGAGACCCUCGUCAUUCUUUGAGAUGGACUACCCAGGAAAAAGGAAAGGAAAAGAGGAACUCUAAUGAAAUGGAGAUGUUAUGUUUUUGUAACUGUGAAGGCUGGUUGAAGUUUUACAUGCUUCAGGUGUAUGGUUACAUUUUGAACAAGAACAUUUGGAUAUAGGCUUUAAGUAAUUAAAUGAAGGGAGAACAAGAAAGUUCAUUCCAUUUCUUUGGAUGCUGCAUUUCUCCCAUGUUGCACUACUACAUUUACUGUGAGAGCAACCAUGAUAUCUUUAUAUCAUUGAUAUUUUUGUACUACUGGCUCAUUUGCAUUUUUUGAGGAUGUAAAAACGGCCCCCUGUGAGGUUUUAGUGAUUAGAGACAAGUCAGAAUUAGUCAAGUAAUAGUGGUUGGAAAUUGCACUUUUUAUGGUUGAAGGCCAUUUAAGACCUCCAGAGGCAUUCAGAUGUGCAGUGCUUUAGUGGUUGCUGAAAAUGAACAAAUGUGUCACUGUAUGAAAAGAAUGUACGUCACAGACUUUCUGAUGUCUUAUAGUAAUGCAAGGUAACGUUGUUUUUGAAAGUCAGUGUGAAACCAAAUAGCAGAAAUGUUUUAUAAAUGUUUUAAGAUGUACAUAUUAGUUUUGUACCACUUUAAAUGACAUUCCUCAAGUUAGUUUUCAAUAAAAAAAUAGAACUAGCAGUAUUUUGUGCAUUUAUGUCCUUUGGUUUUAUGAUCUAUUUAAAAGGCUUUCUUUUAAAAUUUAAAUCAAAGGAGUACAUAAUGCAUUUAUAAUCUUUGCACAAAAAAAUGCAGCAAGAAUGAAUGAAUAAAUAAAAAUCACAAUUUCCACUGAAAUGCAAUGGUUACUGCACUGCAAUUAAAAAUUUUGG